AAAUUUUAGUUGAGUUCUGUUUCGCAUGUAGUUCAAUGGUUCAAAUGUUGUUCGCAUUCGCAUUCGCAUGUUAUUCGUUGUACGUUAUUCGGGUGGGUCGUUUUUGUUGUAAUUUUUUAGUGACACAUUAAAAAUUGGAAAUUCUAGCGGCGCGCUUCUAAUUUAUGUUCAUACGGCAUUUCUGCAAGUUUUAUCUACUCCCUUCCUGUUGGAAAAUAUUGCGGCAGUGUAAAGUUAUUAUAUUUUCCAAUUAUUUAUGAAAAUGUUUGAAUAAGUGCAUACCUACGCUACUGGAAAUCGGAUUAGGUGGUGGCCGUGGUGACGUGACGGCAGUAAAAGUAGUAGCAACAGCGAAAACCGAAACAGUAGAAAAGAUAAUAUAAAAAUAACGUAGAAUAAGAAAAAUUCGUAACGAAAGCAGGAAAGGAGAAAAGCAAAGCUGGUCAAGUGCAAACGAAUUGUUGCUGGUCCGCUGCCUUGGAGUAGCGCUUGGCGAGUUUGCGUCUUCUGCUUCCGCCGACUCGUGGUAACGUGGAAAGAAACGGACAACGGACGUGUUGGAAUCGAAUACUUGUUUUACGCGACGCGAUACGAAACAAAAUAUAUAUAGUGAUUUAGUAAAAACUGGGGUUUUAAAAGUUAAAAAAGAAAUACUAAACAAACGUUUUAAAAACAAGAUUUUUCAUUGAUUAAAGUUGUAUACUGUCGUUUAGUUCUUUUCUUCUAUGCAAAUAUUUCGAAUAACAUACGAACGUAAUCAAAGGUGUGAAAAUUUGAGUUUUAAAAAAGUAAAAUAAUUGCGGGAUUAGUUCAGAAAGUGCGCGAACCGGGCUUGUGAAUUAUCGCAACGUAUGUUAAUUAUUCAUCUUUUAAUCGAAUUGUCGCAACAUAUGCCGUAAAUCGACGUCAUGUUUAAGUGCAUUCCAAUAUUCAAAGGCUGUAAUCGCCAAGUUGAAUUCGUUGACAAACGUCAUUGUUCGCUGCCCAGUGUGCCGGAGGAAAUUCUACGUUAUUCACGUACAUUGGAGGAGUUGUUCUUAGAUGCCAAUCAUAUCCGAGAUUUGCCAAAGAACUUCUUCAGACUACAUCGUCUGCGAAAAUUGGGCUUAAGUGAUAAUGAGAUAGCCCGAUUGCCUCCAGAUAUACAGAAUUUCGAGAAUUUGGUAGAACUCGAUGUUUCGCGAAAUGAUAUUCCAGACAUUCCUGAUGACAUUAAACACCUACAAAACCUGCAGGUCGCUGAUUUCAGCUCAAAUCCGAUUCCAAAACUACCAGCAGGAUUUUCUCAACUCAAAAAUUUAACAGUUUUAGGCUUAAAUGAUAUGUCACUUACCACAUUACCAGUUGAUUUCGGAAGCUUAACACAAUUGGAAUCAUUGGAGCUGCGUGAGAAUCUAUUGAAACAUCUGCCUGAAUCGAUACGACAACUGACGAAGCUUAAGAGAUUAGAUUUGGGCGACAAUGAAAUUGAAGAGCUGCCACCAUAUUUGGGCUACUUGCCCGGUCUGCAUGAGCUCUGGCUCGAUCACAAUCAGUUAGAGAGGCUGCCACCUGAAAUUGGGCUACUAACCAAUUUGACAUAUCUUGACGUUUCCGAAAACAGGCUGGAGAAAUUACCAAAUGAAAUCGGUGGUCUCGUGAAUUUAACUGACUUAGAUCUGGCGCAAAAUUUACUUGAGACACUGCCCGAUGGUGUCGCCAAAUUAAGUAGGCUGACAAUUCUAAAACUAGAUCAGAAUCGUUUACAGAAACUGAAUCCAACUAUAGGAUGUUGUGAAAGCAUGCAAGAACUGAUAUUGACCGAAAACUUCUUAUCAGAGCUACCCGUAUCGAUUGGGCAAAUGACUAAAUUGAGCAACCUGAACGUGGAUCGCAACGCAUUGGAAUACCUACCGGCCGAGAUAGGGAAUUGUGCAAAUUUGGGCGUUUUGAGUUUGCGCGAUAACAAAUUAAAGCGGCUGCCGCCAGAGUUGGGCAACUGUACGGUGUUGCAUGUGCUGGACGUGUCGGGCAAUCAGCUGCAGUACUUGCCAUACACUUUGGUGAAUUUGCAGCUGAAAGCUGUUUGGUUAUCGGAAAAUCAGGCACAGCCGCUGCUAACGUUCCAGCCGGACACAGACGAGGCCACAGGUGAACAGGUUUUGACAUGCUUCCUACUGCCACAACAAGAAUAUCAGCCGAUAACGCCAGCACGCGAACUUGAAACCGAUUCGGAUGGCUGGGAAGAGCGUGAAGCUUCUAGAACACAUUCCGUUAAAUUCUCCGAAGAAUCCGCACAGGAGAAGGACACACCGUUUGUCCGACAAAAUACACCACAUCCCAAGGAGCUGAAGGCAAAGGCGCAUAAACUAUUCGCCAAAGAUCGCAGUCGACCGGAAGACGGCAAUUUGGAUACAGUCUCCGAAGAAGCAUCAACAAAGUUCGCUGUUAGCGGUACCGCACGAAUCGGCGCUAAUUCCACCAUCGUAGAGAAUAUAGCCGAGACAAAACCCAUCUAUGAGAAUCAUCAGCAGCAGCCGGUAUCGCCGAAAACGCCAACAACAGCGAUUUCAUUCGCCCCACAGCCUGUUAUCGCUCAGACAGCGGGCACACAACAACAGCCCGCUGUUAACGCUGUAACAGUACAUGAACCGAUAGCAAGUGUUGCGCCCGAACAUGGUAACGCCCCUGUAGUGGUGGCCUCGGCUGCAGCAACAUCUGCAGCAAGCGUUACCGGCGACGAAGAAGAGGAAGACUUUGAUGAAGCGGAAAGGCGUGUGGGCUUUCAAGUUGAGGGCGAAGACGAUGACUUCUACAAGCGGCCAAUGAAAUUGCACAGACGUGACACUCCGCACCACUUGAAAAACAAACGUGUACAACAUAAUAUCACCGAUAAAAAAUCAAGUGAAAUUCUCGCCAAUGCUUUGAAUCAAGAAAAGAAAACGUCACAGCUGGCUCCAGUUCAAUCGCCCAUCCAAGAAAACGAGGCUGCUGAGCAGAGUGAGCAAUUACAAUUGCAGCAGCAACCACCAUUUGCCGCACCAAUCUCACCCAUACCACCGCCAACGGUGUCUGGUCCACUGCCAGAAGGACAUUUACUUGACGAUGCCGUGGACGGUCUCACCGAGCUGCGUCUCGAACAGUACGAAAUCCAUAUUGAACGCACCACUGCCGGUCUGGGCUUGAGCAUAGCGGGCGGCCGCGGUUCAACACCAUUUAAAGGCGAUGACGAAGGCAUUUUCAUAUCACGCGUCACGGAGGGUGGCCCAGCGGAUUUGGCCGGCUUGAAAGUUGGCGAUAAAGUACUGAAAGUGAAUGGCAUAAAUGUGGUCGACGCCGAUCACUAUCAGGCCGUGCAGGUGUUGAAGGCCUGCGGUGCGGUGUUGGUGUUGGUGGUGGAGCGCGAAGUUACACGCCUAAUAGGCCAUCCAGUGUUUAGCGAAGAUGGCUCGGUCUCACAGAUAUCGGUGGAAACGCGACCGUUGGCCGCAGCGCAGCAGCAUGAAAAAUUCAUUCCGGCACCGAUUGAAAUUAUUCCAGAACAGCAACAGCUGCAACAACAACAACAAUUACAGCAUGCGCCUGCCAACUUCAACAGCUAUCAAGCGAAUGUAUUUACAACACCAACAACAGCAACAGCAGCAAGACCAACAAAUGCGGCAAAUUUAUCACAUCAGCCGCAACAACAACUCCAACCGCAACAUGUUGGGGUGGGUGCAACAAAUGGCGUUUUGGAAAAUGGCAAGGAUGCCCCCUUGAGCUAUUUACAACUACACACCACUUUAAUUCGUGAUCAAAUCGGACAGGGCUUGGGCUUUAGCAUUGCCGGCGGUAAAGGCUCACCACCAUUUAAGGAUGGCUGCGAUGGAAUUUUCAUUUCACGCAUAACUGAAGGCGGUUUAGCGCAUCGUGACGGCAAAAUAAUGGUUGGCGACCGCGUGAUGGCUAUUAAUGGCAAUGACAUGACGAACGCCUGUCAUGACGCUGCGGUGCAAUGUCUCACUGAGCCACAACGCUUUGUGCGUCUGGUGUUGCAGCGCGAGUACCGUGGACCCUUGGAGGCACCGUUGAGUCCACGCAGUCCAGCUGUUUUGAAUUCGCUCAGUCCUUCCGGUUACCUCGCCAAUCGACCAGCGAACUUCAAUCGCUCCAUCGGCGACAUGAUAUCAGAGCAAGCACAAACUAAUCUGCAACACACGCCCACAGCGGCACCCAUACUGGCACAGCAACAGCAGCAAUAUCCUGCUCAGCAACAAUUCAACUACACCACCCAGCCGUCGGCUUACGAAAUAAAUAAAACUGCUACGAUACCCAGCGCUACAGCAGCAGCAGCACCAACAUUAACUAGCGCUAGUGUAGGCGGUAGCAAUGCCCCGAAAACAAAUGGUUUUACGACUGCGGCAACCACCGUGCCAUAUCAACAGCCACAGCCACAGCAACAGCAGCAACAAAUCGAUAAGGUCACGGGUCAACCAGUGCCAGCUCCCAGGCGCGCAAAUUCCAUACCUUUGGGAGAUGCGCCAGCGGAAGCCACACCAGCCAACGGUAAUGCUGCACAGCCCCCGGAUUCGGCGAAUAAGCCGACAGCGACACCGACACCGACUGCCGGCCCGAACCCGGCCGCAGAUGCUUCUGCUGAAACUCAGGUGCCGCCGCUCCGGCCGCUGACUAGUGAAGAUUUCCAAGCGAUGAUACCGGCGCACUUCCUCAGCGGUGGCAGUCAACAUCAGGUGAAUGUGGCGCGUGGCAAUGAGGUGGGCGUUGGACCCUCGGUCACCGUAACGGUGAAUAAGGCUGUACCCGAUCUGCCCAUGUUCCCCGCGGCACCCACGGAGCUGGGUCGCAUUACCGAAACAAUAACGAAAUCCACAUUUACGGAAACCGUAAUGACGCGUGUCACCGAUAACCAUUUAGCGGAGCCACUGAUUAGUGAGGAAGUUAUCUUGCCGAAGAACCAAGGGUCGCUGGGCUUCAGCAUCAUUGGCGGUACGGACCAUUCGUGUGUGCCGUUCGGUUCACAUGAGCCGGGCAUAUUUAUAUCGCAUGUCGUGCCCGAUGGCAUUGCACACAAAUGCGGCAAACUGCGUAUGGGCGAUAGGAUUUUGAAAGUGAACGACGUGGAUAUAUCGCGUGCCACGCAUCAGGAGGCUGUAAUGGAAUUACUGAAACCGGGCGACGACAUCAAGCUGACCAUACAGCACGAUCCGCUGCCACCUGGCUUCCAGAUUGAGGUAGAAAUUUUACAAACUGAGGAAAUCACCAUUAGUAAAGCUGAAGGCGAGCGCCUGGGUAUGCACAUUAAGGGCGGACUUAAUGGUCAGCGCGGCAAUCCGUGUGAUCCCACCGACGAGGGUGUGUUUGUGUCGAAAAUUAAUUCAGUCGGCGCAGCAAGACGAGACGGAAGGCUUAAGGUUGGUAUGCGCCUGUUGGAAGUCAACGGCCACUCGUUGUUGGGCAUCUCACAUCAGGACGCUGUGAAUGUGCUGCGCAAUGCUGGCAAUGAAAUUCAUUUGAUCGCGUGCAAGGGAUACGACAAAUCCAAUUUAAUUCAUUCCAUUGGGGCUGCUGGCGGCAUGAGCACAGGCUUCAACACAACAGGCAGUCGACAAGGUUCGCGUGCUUCCGAAACCGGUUCGGAGCUGAGCCAAAGUCAGAGCAUGUCGAGUUUGGACCGCGACGAAGAUGAGCGCAUACGACAAGAUUUUGAAGUUUUUACACCGAAAACCGAAUCGAAUAACGACCCAUCAGUAUUGGCAUCUGUGGCGGCAUUGGCCCACUCGCCCACCACACCGCCGAGCGCUGGCGCUUUGCCGCAACAGCAUGCAGCUGAAAGCGAAACAUCCAAGAGCAGUGCUCCACCACCAACAGCAACAACUCCUCAAGAUGCACUCGCCACAUUUGCUAAUGCAGACAAAACGCUGGUGCAGUCUAAAGAGAAGAGUACCCCCGAGAAGGUGCUUGAAAUCGUGCGUGCCGCAGAUGCAUUUACGUCAGUUCCACCCAAGUCGCCAGCCGAACAUCAUGAUCAGGAUAAAAUUCAAAAGACCACAACAGUUGUCAUUUCGAAACAUACACUCGACACAAAUCCGUCGCCUGCGUUGGCAGCUGCCUCAACCCCAACUCACACGUCGCCAACAACAUUGCCCACUGCGGGCACAACCGCGUCCACAACCACAACACCACCUGUCUCGCCAGCGUUGGUCACAGCCAGCAGCCGAGAUGUUGCUGCGGCAGCAAGUGGCAAAACUGUGGCCGCGCCACCGACUCAGCAACAGAACAUUCAACAGAGGCGCACACCAACUCCAACAUCAGUACACAAAACGAGGACAGAAACCGUAGCUAAGGCUACAGACAGCCGAAAAAAUCAGUCGAUUGCUCCCACGACAAACAAAGUCACGAAAGCCGAACCAAUUUAUAUUAUUGACGACGAGGAAGAAGAAGAUGCGGCGGAGGAGGAGGAGAAGGAUGAACAAACGGAUGAGCACGGUGACGUGAUUGCCGGAGACGAAGAUGUAUUCGAUACAUACUCGCCGAAUGCUUCGGCCGAUCAAGGUGACACUGAUUCGGACUACUUUGACCGACCACGGCCUUCGCCGCGUUACACCAGCGAUUCGGAGAAUGACUAUCGUCCGCAUCGGCCCAAUCACGAAAGGCUGGGAAAUAUAUCGGGUCGAAGCACACCCGACCUUUCAGGUUCUACAUAUGGUGGUCAUCGAAAAUCGGUUAGUUUUGAUCUUAGCGGUGAUGAGCGGUCAAAAUCCGAUUAUGAACGCUCACGAACGCCCGACGGUUACUCGCGUUAUUACGAUUCUGAGCAAGAGUAUGGUAGCGCACGGCCGCGUUUACCACGCAAAGGAAUAUUACGUUCGGCCAGUCCGUCAUCGUCGAAUAACUCGACACUGGAGCGUUGUAGACGUCCCGAAAAACUGCCGCCAAUAGUGCCUACAGUAGCGCGUAUUAAGGAAAUUGAUUCGCCUACGUUGCAACAUGUACGCUCAUCUUCGCCUUUGGCCAGUARAGGUGGAAGUAGUAGUAGUGGCUAUCGCAGUCCACCGCCACCAUCCGAAAAGGUUACGGUGUCAACCGAGAUCGAAAGAGAAAAUCCAUUCCGUGAGGCGUUCCUUGACAGCAGCAAAAGUGAUGAAUAUACUGAGUUGGCAAAAGCUAUGUCGAAAUCACCCUCGGCUCUCAGAUCACCACGGGAACAAUUCUUCUUUGGUUCGAAGUCGACCGAGAAUUUAUUAGGCGCAGAGCGUUCAGCUUCAAGCGGUCGUAGCACACCUAGUACUGUUGUGAGUGCGCAGUCUAAAUCUACUGAAGAUCUGUUGUCAAGCUCAACCGGCGCCAAACCGAAACGCAUACCACCGCCCAUAUUGCCGAAACCGAAAACUAAGAAAGCUGAGCUGGUGCACAAUAUUGCGCUCGAUGACUUUCAAAAAGCCGACGUAGGUUAUGGUGAUUUCACAGUCUUCGAACAUGAUCCUACCACGAAUACUAUACAUGAAAUACGUUCGCCGCAACCACCAACAACACCAACCGUUCCAAUAACACCACCACCUGCUGGUACUAGUGCAAAACUUCCUGUGCGCGUAAAGACGCCGCGUAGUCCAUCGCGUCCGCGUGAAAGUCCACCUCCCCCACCCGUCAACUACUCAACGAUGCCAAAGCUUUCUUCGCCAAGUCCGCACGUGAAAAAGAGCGAAGAGACUUACUACUUGGAGUUGCUUCCACCACCUCCGCCGCUCUCCGAUGACGAAAUACCUCCUUCACAGCGUCGUCACACUGAGUUUAUACACGAAAACUCACCAGAUCACAUACUGGUUACUGAAGACGAACAUCGCACAAUCAUGCUGCAUGAAAAUGAAGUGCGCAAUCAGUUACGUGGUGCAAGCAGAAAGUCACAGAUACCCGAACUGGGGGCACCGCACGAAGAAGCGCCACCAGUUCCGCAUUACGCAAGCAUCAAACACUCGCCGAGAUUGGAUCUCCUAUCAUCAGCAGCAACAUUACAGGCAGGCAUUCCAUCCAAUAAUCCACUCUCGCCCACACAAAUUUUUCCCACAGCGCAAAUACUACCUGUUCAAUAUACCCAGCUACCACAACCCCAGCAGCCAAAUACCACUCACAUCCUUACUGGUCAGUUGGUCCCAAACAGUACGAGCCAUCACUUCUCUAAUUCCCCACAGAACCAGUCGCUAUUCACGGUAGGUGGUCUCGUAUUACUGCCACAAGCACAGUUCACUGCUGCGACGUCGCAGGUGUCAUCAUCCUCGUCAUCAUCGUUGGUUACUACACCUAUUUUCUUGGCCACCAGCGGUGGUGCGACGUCUGCCACCACCGGUGUAUACAUGGAACCUCAACAAUUACAACAACGUUCGCCACAACUGCAUCUUCAUCAGCGUACCGUACUGUCACCCACAACGGAAUCCGUUACAACAACAAAAGUGCCUAAAUCGGUUUCUGAUAAGAAACGUUUCUUCGAGUCAGCCAUGGAAGAUCAACACAAACCAUCACAAAAGACAGAAAAAGUUUUUUCAUUCCUGUCAAAGGAUGAAGUUGAGAAGUUGCGCCAAGAGGAAGAGAGGAAAAUCGCAACACUGCGUCAUGAUAAGAAGACGGGCUUAUUGGAUGGAUCCGCUGCAAAUGGCAAUGAUGAGUAUGAUGCUUCCAAUAAUAAUUCUGCCGCAGUCAACAGCGCUGCUCACGCCGCCACCAUACCGUGCCUUGCCGGCGAACACCGAAAACUACAACAACAACAACARCCGCAUGAUGGAGCAACUUAUGGGACGAAUUAUGAUUAUGACGACGACGAUAGACGACUUGUAGUUGACCAUCGUCACGUACUGCGCGAUACCAUUGUCGAGCGGGAUAAUUGUGAUGCGGAUGACAUGAGUGUUGCUGAAUGCACAACAAUAACCACAACAACAACAACAACGACAACAAGGAUCGAAUCACCGACGACACCACCGCCAACGCCAGCAACACCACCAACACCAAUAGCAGCACAGUUACAGUCGCAGCCUCAGGCAUUAGCGAAAGGUGGCGAAGCGGCCGAACCGCAAACAACACGACACAAGCUCGAAAAACCGAAGAAAUCGAAAAAGACAAAAGCGAAAUCAAAAGAAGCCGCACAGCCGCCCGCACAGGUGGCAGCACCUGAGUGGGUAGCCACACCGCCAUCACACUUGGCCGCAUUCAAAUCGCCGGCACUAGUUAAGUCCUUGUCUGAGUCAGCCACAGUAACACCAGUAACAUUAGCGCAGCAGUCGUUUAAGAAUCAUGUAGUUACUGCACUUGCACCGUCUGUAGCAACAAUAGCACCCGCCCCCACACCACGUACCACCACAGCUCAACAACUAAGUAGCACUGUAGCGCAGUUUGUGGAUAUCGAACGACAGCACGCUGAUGUCCCGAGCGAUUACAAUGACGCCGAAGAUACGGCGAGUAGCAUUGAGAGUGUUAUUGCUGCGGCGCCAUUAGCCAAUUUAUCGACCUCAACGACGCGCUUGCCCAACCAACAGAAGCCGUCACUGCUGCCGAAACCCAAAGUGAAAGUUGUCAUACCACCUGCAUUGUUGCUGCAGCAAACACAACAACAACAACAAGAUGAAGAGCAACAACAAGACACGUCACCGACGACACCAUCCAGUCGCAUUCCCAUACGCACGGCGAAUGCGGAGCGGCGCGCGCUAAAGGCGGCAGCAGCAGCAGCUGCUGUUGGCGGUGUAGUGCCUGGGACGCAAGUUGAAGCUGCUACUUCCGUUGUGGUUGAGCGGUCAGCUGAUGCGGUUCAACACGAGCAGUCACCGUCUAAUGGGUCGAAGAGCAAAGCAAUGAUUAAUGCUGAGAAACGCGCGUCUUGGCGUGCUGCUCGUUUGCGCUCAUUGGAACAGGGCGCUCAGGAGGCGCAGAGCGUCAUACAGAAUAUGAACAAAAUCGCUGAUGAUCUGCUGACGACACCCGUCACCACCGAGGUGGAAACUUGCCAGGAGAAGAUAAUCUCAUUAGAGUUGCAAGAUCCAGAAAACGAUGAUAACGACAGUGACGAUGGCGGAAAGGACAAAAUUAGCAAUCCAUUUGCAUCAUUGCAACAUGCAGCAAGUGCGAACCAGCAGGCAGCCACAGUGCUGGCAGCCGUAACGCAGGCAAUCACAACGCUCGACGAUGAGACGUUAGAGGAUGAGGAGCCGCCGGAGCUGUUGAGGGAAACUGCGCUACUGGACACUGUCGAUGAGGAUGACCAUGAGGAAGAUGAAGAGGACGAUGAUGAGGAUGACGAGGAUGAGGAUGAGGAUGACGAUGACGACAGCGAGGAGGAAGAGGAGGACGAAGAUGAAGAGGAUGCCGCCUCCAUUGUGACUGUUCAUGCAAAUAAUGAGAAACUCUUCCUACGCACCGACGAUGAUUCCGGUCCAUCUGACGAUUUCGACAGUAUUGGCAUGUUUGGUCCUUCGUCCAUUGAUAGCGUGUCGUCCAUAUCAAAGCUGCGUAUACAGCCCGUGCCGAUAACAAUACGCCAGACACUGGCUAAGGAAGUCGUCGUAACAGCGCCUGUUGUGCCAGCUGGAGUACGCGCAACAACGAAAACCGACUAUCCAGCACACAGUAUAAACGCAGCAAGCACUAUUGUAGAGGUGGUUAAUCCACUGAUAACCGGCGAGGGGCAGGUGAAAAGUUUGGCUGUGGGAAGCACUGCUCAACGCGAAUAUCCAAUUUUCGACAAUGAAAUAGAGAAGAGCUUGCGGUCGAAGCCAUAUGAUGACCAUAUCGAAGAUAUUGCCAAGCGGAAAGGUGGCUAUGACGAAGCAGCGAAAGAUGAGCCUGAUGAUGACGAUGAGGCUGAAGAAUUUUCAGCUGCAGCGACAGGAGUGUUACGUAGCGACACGUUUGUCAUGCCGACAGUGCGGCAACAACAGGAACAGCGGCCGCCGGAGGAACUCUCAUUGAAUGCCAAAAUGAAGAAUGUGUUGGUGGAGUUAUUGGAGAACGAGCGUGUUAAAUUGAAUUUGCAGAAGAGUCUGGAGGAGGAUGAGGAGGCGCAGCACGAACUCGCCUAUGGGGAUUCUGACGAUGAACAAUACAUGGUUGACUAUGUCGCAUCACAUGGUGCAAACCGCAGCGGGAUAAGCCGUUCUGCAGCUAGAGCUGUUAAUGAUGAUAACGGUAAUGAGCGUCUGCUGCAAGAGCUAAUAAGAGACAGUAAUAGGAAUACAAUUAAGAAGCUAGCAGUUGGUUACGAUGAUGAAGAAAGUGAGGAGGACGAUGACGUUGACGAGGAGGAUGAAGAGGAAGAGUCUUUAGAUUCCAGUGACUCGGACGAAGACGGCGAAGCUGACGAUGAUGAUGAGGCUGUAAAUAUAACUUUUGUCGAUGGUUGUCAAGUCAUUGAGAAUCCCAAUACAGAAUCAACGCUGAAAUUGCAAAAAUCACAAACAUACACGUCUAUGAAAGAGGCGGAUCAGACCGAAGCAAGCAAGCAAAGUGACGCCGCACAAGAAGACGUCGACAAGGACAUCGAACAUACAGUCGAAAAACUACAAGCCGAACAACGCAAGCUCGAGCAGAUCACAAAACAACUACGUAAAUCGGUAGAAAACUUGCUGGCCGAUGACGAUGAAAUCGCGACGGCAAUCAGCCAAGCAGUCAUAGACGACGACGAUGAAGUACUCAGAAAGCCACCGAAGCAAAAUGUUGUGCACACUGUAGAAACCAAGACUGUCAUCGGUGACGAUGGUGUCAAGAAAACCAUUAUCACCGAAACGAUACGCAAGCCAGAGCAUAAGCAAGCGCACCACGAGCAGCAAGACGAAGAGUCCGGCGAGUCACUUUUCAAUAAACUGCUGCACGCCGGCGGCGAUCACAAGCAGAUAUUCGAUCAGCAAACGGGCGAGAGUGUUAUAACGACGACCACCACCGAUGCUGACGGCACUGUCACCACCACAACUACCACAAUUUCGAAUGUGAUUAAAAGCGGCAUCCCCAGAGCUGUGCUGCUGAAAUCAGAAGCCAGCUCAGCAGGCACCAGCAGCAGCAGCGGCAGCAGCACGAGCGCKCAUACGAAAUCGGAGAAGCAACAACAUAGCAAACAAAAACGAAAAGGGAAGAAUGGCAAGAAGUAAAUGUGACACAAAAUAAAUGGCAAGGCAUUGCACUAAAUCUAACAGGCAGCGCUGCAAAGUGCAGCAACUGUGUACAAAUGCAUGCAGCGGCGUACAUAUUUAUGUGUGGGGGGAUAGAAUGAUAAAUAUGCGCAAACAUAUUUACUCUUUCUGCAACCAGUUGCAUUUGCAAGAGAGGAGUAGUGGGUGUAUAUAUAGUACAUGCAUAAACAUAUUGUGUAGGAUUAUGCAACACAAGCGAGUUUUUUUUUUAAUUUUUAAGCUUAGUUGCAGCCAACAAUUUAUUUUGGGUAGUCGAAAAAGUUUUUUCGUAUCUUGUGAAUUAAUUGAUUAAUAAAAAUUUUCAAUUCGCGGAAGUUGCAAAAAAGUUACCGCUGUUUAAAAAUGAGUAGAAAUAAUGGAGCAAUUCGCUAUAUUUUAAAA